AUGUCGAGACAAUAUGCAGCUAUACCAAUACAUCUUCCUUUUGAAAUGACGAACGUCUGUGCCAUGACACAACACAGCGAUUCUCUCUUUGUUGCUUUCAAAGAUGGAAGAAUUAUCUCAAUUCCCCUUAAAAUCGAUUCUAAAACAAAUGUAUUUCUCGGCGAAUCAACAUCACUAUUAGUUAAAACACCGGAUUUUGAAAUUGCAGAUAUUAAAUCAUUCGCUGAUCGAAUUUUAGUUCAUAUCAAAAACAAAUCAGGUGUUUCGGGUCCAUUAAUUGCUAUCAAUACACGCGGAGAAGUAAUUCACGUUGAUGAUAAUACAGAUUGCUUCUCACCAAACUCAUUUUCUUCAUCAAAAACUCUUGCAGUUGUUUCAGAUAAGCGCUUAAUGAUUAAAGAGCUCAAACAAACACAGAAAUUCGAACAGACGUUCAGCCGUGAGUUCAGCGAGCCUCCUCUUUCAGUUGCUUUAUCAUAUCCGAAAGUUUGCCUUGUAUCUCACUCCAAAUUAAUGAUUCUCGAUAUCCAAAAUCCAAGCAACUUCUUGGAGAUCAAAGCAAUAUCUACAUCUCAUCCCUACGCCAUGACAAGAGAUUCCGUGAAUUUCUUUUCAUACGCUGGCAAUACUGCCAUGACAUUUGACUCCAAAUUCGACUCUAAUGCAGAGCCAAUACUCUUUGAGUCUCCUUGCACCGAUCAUACUCGUUGUGGCCAAUUUAUUGGUUCAUUAUCAGAAAAUCAAAUUGUUAUUUACGAUUUCAAACAUCACAAAGGUACAAUUCCAAACAAGAAUUACAAGCGCGUUGCAUCUUUCGACAGUUCUAUACUUACUUGUUCAGAUAAUGACGUAUUUAUCCUAAAAGACUUUACAGAAGCCUAUGAGCAUGUUCUAACAGGAUCAAUAGAUACAGCGAUACUUGCUUUACCUAACCAAAGCAUUGAUUCUAUCAGUUCUCUGUUCGAAAUGAUAUGGAAUAACAAUAAACACAUAGAAGCUCUUUCUUUACUCACUAUGAAAGAGUUUGAAGACUGUAUAGUCGAUGCCUUCCGCUUAUUUGAGUUCCUUGUCUUCUCUCCUGAAAUUCCAAAAUCAGGAAGAUUAUCUUCAGCGGAAAUCACCAAAGAUGAGAAGAUUUCCCAAGUAUUUGUCGAUACCUUGUUCCAAAUCCGUUCAGGAUUGAGCGAUGAAGUCAAAGCUUACGUUGAUACUGCAAUUGUUGAAACAUUAUCAUACUUAAACAACUCCAAGAAGCUUUGUGACUUCUUCGAUGAGAAUCCUGUGGUCAUAACCGAGAGCCUCGACAAGUUCUUUGAGAAAAACAAUGGAGUUCCUUUCGCGGUAUAUCUUAGCUAUCAAGGGAAGCACUCGGAAGCCGUACAGAUAUUAAAGGAGUCUUCUUCUCUUGAUGUUGCUGCAAGAAUUAUCUCGAAAAAGGCCAUUGACUGGGAAUUUGUUGAAAAAAAUGUUCCGUGGCUUUUCGAAAGAGCUCCCGAACAGGCAUGCCUUGUAUUAGCAUCAGAUAUCAUUGAUAUUUCCAGAGCAAGAGCUUACGUUGUCAGCAAAUAUCCUUUAUUUUAUAUGAGAUUCCUCAUGUGUGCCCUGAAACACAAAGAUAUAAUUAGCCGCAAGAUGUUUAUUAAUGAACUGACAACAGGACUCGUCAAAUUGCUCACAAAUAUCAAAAAACCUGAUUUCGACAGAAAAGAAGCAAGUUGGCUCAAUUGCGUCAUCCAGAAUAAAGAAACAAACUUGGAUGUCAUGGAGAAAGAGAUUUCGGAUGAUUUGAUUGAACUUUUGCGGACAUUUCACGAUGAAGUCGAAAUUCAGAAUUUAAUGACUCAUGUUUCAAAAAUAGACAUCCCAAGAGUCCAAGUAGAAAUAUAUACAGCAGCAGGAUACUUGUCAGAAGCUCUAAACAUUGUUUGGAGUGAAGGAAUUGAAAAAUGUGUCACUUUUUGUCAGAAAUAUGAAAUUCCACAAAAAGCGUUUUCCUGUUUGUUUAAGAUCAUGAAAGAGCGAUCCUCCAAUGCCGCCAAAGACAUCACAGCUAUUCUUAAAGAGAAUAUCGAGAUUGUUGAUGUUGCAGACGCGAUGGCACAAAUUGGAGGAGAAACAGAUUUAAAUGAUGUCAUAGAAUUCGUUGCGAGCUUGUACAAGGACAUAACAACAGAGAGAAGGAGUAAAGAGAUUGCAGCUGCAUUUGCAGAAAACCGCGCAAAGGAAUCUGAUUACCAGAGAGUUGUUUUAGAGAGCGGACAUGUUUCUCUUGGCGGAGACCAAGUUUGCGCUGGUUGCGGAAAAACUUUGGGUUGUCAGUACGUUGUGAGAACACCAAAUGGUCUUUUGUAUCAUUACAAGUGUCUUACUAUUCAGAAAUAA